AUGAUGAAUUCUGAAACCUCAGCAUAUCAAAGUUCUUUUGGAGCCGGAGGCAAUUCAGGUGAUUCUCCAAAGCAAAUGAGCCAAUUGCAAAAUCUCAAGUUAAAUGAUGGGACUGAAAUUCCAAUGCUUGGGUACGGUCUCGGAACUGCUCAUUACAAAUCCAAUUCGGAUGGCCAGGUCGAUAGUAAGAUUGUGAAAACGGCUGUUAUGGCGAUCAAUGCUGGCUAUUAUCAUUUAGAUGGAGCUCAAGAAUCCGGUGUUCCUCGAGAGAAAUUCUUCAUAACCACCAAAAUCACCGGUACUCAAGUAGUUGACACGCAAGCUACAUUUGAAGAAUCUUUGAAGAAGCUCCAACUCGAUUAUGUCGAUCUCUACUUGAUUCACGCUCCAUACUUCGCCAAAACCCCUCAAGAUUUACAGAAGAAAUGGGCAGAAAUGGAAGCAAUUCAUGCAUCCGGGAAAGCGAAAUCCAUUGGAGUGUCUAACUUUCUACAAAAGGAUAUAGAAACUAUUUUGGAGACGGCGAAGAUUAUUCCUUCCAUCAAUCAGAUCGAAUAUCACCCUUAUCUUCAACAUGGAUCUCUGAUUCCUUUCCUUCGCGAAAAGGAUAUAGCAAUAGCAGCCUACUCUCCCUUAACCGCUGCCGUCAAAGCUUCUCCCGGACCUUUGGACGAUACCUAUUCUGCUCUGGCUAAGAAGUAUGGAGUCACACCCGGUGAAAUUGCAUUGAGAUGGGUUAUCGAUCAGGGAAUCGUGGCAUUGACUACUAGUGGAAAUGAGGACCGAUUGAAGGGAUAUCAGAAGAUUAAACAGUUUAAAAUGACACCGAAGGAGGUCGAGGAGAUUGCUAAGAUCGGUAGCGAGAAACAUUAUAGAGGCUUUUGGAAUCAUAAGUUUGCGCCGGAUGAUAGGUCAUAG